ACCAAAAUCUGUUAUUUUCCCUACGGGGAUUUUUCUGCGCAGUCUGAACGGAGUUGACAUAACGUUAGCUACAUUUCCGGAGAAACCCUUGAAACUAACCAAGCAGGAAUCCAACAAAUCAUUAUCACAUGAUUAUCUGAGCGAUGGAGAAAUUAGAGGCUACGUCGGAGCUUCAAUCCAGAUUGACAGCGUUGUCCGUUUCCUCUUUCCCUGGGAUAACGUCGAAAAACUGGGAGACCAAUCCUCUAGACAGGCUCCAGAGCACAGAUCUCUCAAAUAACUCCAACCACCCAAUAAGCAACCCUGAUAUGGAUGUAAGGAAUGACACAGAGGGGUUCAACCAGCCAGCUGAGGUUAAUCAGGAGGCUCCUGGUGGGCAGCAGGCCAUGGGGGGAGAUGUUGAGGAGAACAGCCGAAGUGGGAAUAGUCAAAACCCUGGAGAGAGAAAAGUCCAAAUGCCCCCGCUAAAGCCUCCUUCCACGUGGACGUCCAUGGCAAUGAAGGAGCUUAAGGCCAAGCUGCGACUGGAGAAGGACAGUGUGGUGGCAGUGUACAGAGGAGACAUUAUGACAGUACAUGUGCCAACUGUCCCUGAGGGAAAGCGGGUGUGCUGGGAGUUUGCCACAGAUAGCUAUGACAUAGGCUUUGGAAUCUACUUUGACUGGACCCCUGUUACCAGCCGGGCCAUCACGGUCCACAUCAGCGAAUCCAGUGAUGAUGAAGAUGAGGAAGAUGAGCUAGAAGGACCUGUCAACACAGGGGAUGUUGAGAAGGGGUCCAAAUCAUUGGCCAACUCCAACCUAGGGGAAAUCUUACCUGUGUAUCGUCAGGACAGUCACAUGGCAGUGCAAGGUGGCAGUCAUGAGUAUCCAGGCGAGGGCACUUACCUUCUGAAGUUUGAUAACUCCUACUCACUAUGGCGAAAUAAGACUCUGUACUAUAGGGUGUAUUACAGUGCCUGAGGAUCCAGUCCACUAUUGCAUAUGAAUGUAUGACUUCGCUUCAAAUAAUUAUGAUAUCUAUUUUUGAUUCCAUAGAAUAAUUUAGGGUUAAUUAUAGGUGCAUAUAUUUUUUAUCACAAUCAGCUGGUGUUGCUCGCUCUAAGGCUACAUUUAAAAUCUGAGAGGACCAGAGAAUUAUGUGUUUUACUUACUUUUUCAUGUGUUUUACUGUGUUUAUAGAGCAAUAUUUUAUGAAGCUUUUGUGUUUGUGCCAUGUUCUGGUGUGUUUAAAAGUUUUGUGCAGUGAGUUAAGGCAAAUUGCCCAUAUUUUCAAGAUAUAUAUUCUAUAUAUAUAGUAUAGAUUUUAUUCAGACACAAUUUCAGUGGUGGCAGCAAUCAGGGAACACUGAUAGAAAGAGGAUUUGCUCGGUCAAAAGCAUAAACAGGAGAGGUGCUCCAUAGAACUGGGAGGUUUUCUUUUUGUGUCUACACAUUGUUUGAUAUCAUAUAAUGUUGGUGUGUACUUCAUGUAUGUCAAUUUUUUGCCAAACAGUUUUUUUUUUUUUUGUCACCUUGAAUUGUAUAAUGAUCCCAAUGCAGUAUCUUAAACAAUAUUCCUGUACAACAAUUCCAUUAUUUUUCUGCAUAUUGUGAUUGGAAUGAGUAAUUAUGUUAAUGAAAGUGUAUUGGAGGUUUUUCUGAGUCCAAUCCUAAAGCAAAUGGUUACCGCCUGUCUUAUUGACAAAUAAAAGCCCUCCCUAGCACAAAAGGUUAUUUUAUGUAAAAUUGAUUUAAUAUUUACAUUGCCAAAGCCCUAUUUAGUUAGCAGGUUGUCAGGCGAUGGGUUAAUCUUGGUGGACAAUCACAUGAGACUAUUGUAGAUAGAGAAAUAUUUUGAAUCUGUUAGUAUGUGUGACUUGGAUUGUCCCUUUUUUAGAGUGAAAUGUUAUGUACCAAUCUCUGUAACGGAAGAUCAUUUUGAGUGUUUCUGUGUUGUGCAUAUGUGUUGUAGCGCUGUAUGCACCUAAUCAUGUUCUAAAUUUGAUUAUAGCCGCCAACACGUAAUUUCCAAAAAUGUUUGUACCUCAUCCGUCUGUGUUGUGCAUGUUUCCAAAGAUAAUGAAUUGUGCUGCUAAAAUAUAAGGCAACUGAAAAUAAGUUUCAGCUUUGUAUUAUACAGUAUGUGUUUCUGUUAUAAGUUUUCACAAUAAAGAGUCUCAUUUGCAUUACAGUA